GCAGGCAGUCGAGAAGGAAAUUUGCGCACCGCUGGAGUCUCUGUCGUACUUUGCACUUGGAUAUACUAAUAUUUUUUCAAUUCAAUAUAAAGCGGAGGCGAACAUGGCGACGUUGGUACCAGACCCUCGUCCCCAUUCCCAGGUCGCUUCUGCCUCGAUUCAAAGUCUCAGCGGUAUGGGGUCUCUUACUAACACGCCUCUCAACCGCGGCUUGGAGAGGGCUUUGGAAGAAGCAGCGAACUCCGGGAUUUUGAACCUCAGCGCCAGAAAACUCAAAGAAUUCCCCAGGACAGCGGCCAACCAUGAUUUAUCAGACACGGUAGAUGCAGACUUGUCGAGGAAUCGUCUGGCGGACGCACCUUUAGAAGUGUGUCACUUUGUCGCCUUGGAAACGCUCAAUCUCUAUCACAACUGCAUCAAAACCAUUCCAGACACCAUUAUCAGUUUACAGUCACUCACCUCCUUAAACCUCAGUCGUAACCAGUUGGGUGCCCUGCCAGCCUGUGUCUGUGGUCUCCCCCUGCGUGUCCUCAACGCCAGCAACAACAAGCUGGUCUGCCUGCCCGAGGCCGUAGGCCAGCUCAGGAGCCUGAUGGAGCUGGACGUGAGCUGUAACGAGAUCACGGCUCUGCCUCGUCACCUGGGCCGUCUGAAGUCUCUCCGGGAACUCAACGUACGCCGGAACCUUCUCUGUGUUCUGCCCGAGGACCUGGCCGAACUACCUCUGGUGAAGUUUGACUUCUCCUGCAACAAAGUGUCCACCAUCCCAGUGAGCUACAGGAAGAUGAAGCAGCUCCAGUCCCUGCAGCUGGAAAACAACCCCCUACAGAGCCCCCCUGCACAGAUCUGUAUAAAGGGGAGAAUUCACAUAUUCAAGUACCUGGGCAUCGAGGCGUGUCGGAGUGAAAAGAUGCCCGACUCUCUCUACCUGCCUGUCAUCGAGCGCCUCAACCUAUCACGACCCGCCGCCGGCAGCACAGAAGACAUUGACCAGAAUAAGAAACAGGAUACUGACUCAGGAGUUGGCAGCGACAACGGUGACAAGAGGCUGUCUGCCACUGAGCCGUCAGACGAGGACAGCCAGAGUCUUAACGUGCCCAUGUCCCACAUCACUGAGGAAGACGGCCUCAACAAGGACGACUCCAGCGAACACAUCAGUGCUCUCACAGUAGACUCCGACUCGGUGCGUCUGAUCGAGGAGAGCCCUACGGAGGCCCUGAAGGAUCAGUUCGCCUACAGAAACUCAGCUCUCAGCACGCGCUUCGUCAGCUACAUCAAGGGUCGGACAACUGCAGACUACGACGAGCCACUGAGGAUAGAGGAAGACACACACUGGACCUCUGAACACACAGGGUCAAAGGUCAAGGGGGGCACUGAACUCCACAUUGACAUGAUCAACCAGUUGAAGGAGGCUGUCGAGCUACUACAAGACCCCAGCAGAGUGAAUAUGGAGUCAGAGGAUUUGGAUUUGUCUGGAGUGCAGCUCUACCCUGUGGAGAUGGUCCUGGUGGAAGAAUCCCUCAAUGGCCAGGACAGUGAUGAAGGAUCUACCACACCCAAGGCAGAGGACCGACCACCAGCCAGCAGCCAUGCCUUCCCCAGCCCUCCCUUCGGACUGAAGCCCCGCUCAGCCCCGCCCUCGCUACCUUGCUCGCCCCCGCCCUGUCUCCGCCCCCUCCUCACACAGGGCCUGUCCGUCCAUAGCGACACACCUCCUAGGCCAGAUGAUGGAGGCAUGCUCAGCUGUGUGUUCCUGAGGACCCAUAAGAGCCUGGAGUCGGUGGACCCUCAGUUCACCAUGAGGAGGAAGAUGGAGCAGCUGAGAGAGGAGCUGGAGCUCAUGGAGCAGCUACGUGAUAGCAUAGAGAGCCGGCUGAAGGUGUCUCUUCCUGAAGACUUAGGCUCCUCCCUCAUGGACGGAGUAGUCCUCUGCCAUCUGGCCAAUCACAUCCGCCCUCGCUCCGUGGCCAGCAUACACGUGCCCUCGCCAGCCGUGCCCAAACUCAGCAUGGCCAAGUGUCGGAGGAACGUGGAGAACUUCCUGGAUGCCUGCAGAAAGAUGGGCGUGCCCCAGGAUAAGUUGUGUCUCCCUCACCACAUCCUGGAGGAGAAAGGCCUGGUGAAGUUGAGCAUGACUGUCCAAGCCCUGGUGGACGAGACUUCAACCAAGCAGGCCCUCUUCACCUGAACAGGAAGCUUGGAGCUCCCAUCAACCCAACCACACACAGCACACAGACGCACGCCAACACAGUUAGGUCUUAAUUUAGGAUUAAUGAACGCGUUUGCUAUCGUACCUUCUAAGAUGGUGGAGGAAGGGAUUGUGUUUCUCAGGCUUUUUCUUUAACAGAAGGUUCCAGUUGACCAAGCAGUGUGUUCAUCAAAUUAAUGCAGUGUGUUGUUUUACUCCCUCAGACGUGUGAAUCUGUUUUGGGGGAGCGCUUAGUCUCCCUGAACUCAGUAACCUGUUUACUAGCAUACUGCAGGGUCAAUAUCUCGCCUAUGCGUGUGGUUUCUUUUCAAUCCUAUAUUUAAGGUUCCACCCAAAUCACCCACCGUAUUCACAACAUUUCUAAUUCUAAUACAUCUUUAAGUAUAAUAUUAGGUUAUUCAUUCCUUAGCUACAACUUACAUUUACAUUACAUUUAGUCAUUUAGCAGACGCUCUUAUCCAGAGCGACUUACAGUAAGUACAGGGACAUUCCCCAGAGGCAAGUAGGGUGAAGUGCCUUGCCCAAGGACACAACUUCAUUUGGCAUGGUCGAGAAUCGAACUGGCAACCUUCAGAUUACUAGCCCGACUCCCUCACCGCUCAGCCACCUGAUCAACACACACUCACUCCAUUCUUUUGUUUCACUGGUAUCAUUUUCUGCGGUGUGUGUGUGUCUGAGAUAUGAGAGAUAGGACAAGCUGAAUCAAAAAGGGAGAAGGUGAGGGUUUUGACAUCCCUGCAUUUGACCUUUCAGAAGGUUUGUGGUGAUAGCUGACCUUGUCAGGUGAUGUAGUCUUGAAGUGACUAGCUUGUGUAAAAGUCACCAAGGUGCAUUCACCCAAGAACCACUUUAUGAGUGCACGAUAUUAUCUAACUACAGACCCCUCUGUGUGCUAGUUGUAAAUGAGAGAACGUUGGGGUGUAUGUACAGAUAUGCAUUUAUUAACAUAGCUUGGUAUCCAAAGCUUAAGCUAAUUAAAAGUUCAACAGUAAAAUUUUAUGAGCUCAGUCACUGGAUAGAUUUGCCAGUUGCCAAAACAACUAAACGUUUUAUUCCAAUGUGCAAGACAAUAUAGUUUUUUUUUAAUGUAGGCUUUGUAAAUAUUAUUUGUAUACAACAAUGGUAUAAAUACUUUAGAUACUAUCUGGUAAAAUAUAUUUCUAUGAAAAGUGGUGAUGUGCAGUCGUAACGUGACGGUGGUUUGUGCAAGUUACGUAUUUAGAAAGUAUUUGUCUAUGUUUUAAACUUAUAUUUAUCAGUACUGUAUUUCGACAGUAACCACAUUAAUCACCUGUAUGUUGAAUAUUGAAUCCUCAGGCAGUUAACACUAUUACAAUUCCCCAAGAACAAUCUAAUAGUUUGUAUGAAUGUACACUGUUUAGUUAUAGUUGUAAGGAUUGUGUACUUUAAUACAUUUAGUUGGACAUAUAAUCAUUUAAAACACUACAGAUCAGAAUAAUUAUAAUUGUAACUCAGAUACCUGUAUGUCCAUUUUACUAAACAUGGAACCAAAAAGGACUUGCCCAUAUCUUGUCUUGAACAUGUCCUGGUAGAAAGAAGGGGUGGAGAUUGAAGGGAAAUUUGAUACGGAUAUUUCUUAUUUAGAUGAAAGACAGUUUUUUUUUACUGUGGAUCAAUGGAUAGUUUAAAGUUUUGUUUCAAUCCUGCUCAUUAAAACAUGUGCUUGUUGACAUCAUAAAAGCACAGGCAUCUUUUUACCCAGAGUUCUGGGUUGUCCAGUCAGACUGAGAAGAUGAUAAUUCCCCUGGGAGGAGAGGCCUUUGGCCUGAAAUUAUCUGCACUUUAAAGAUCUAUAAGUAUUUAUACUCACUUGUUUUGGCAACUGACAAAUCUGAGUUUUAUAUUUGGUCAGAUGUGAAUAGCAUAAUUUGAAAUCAAACUGUUGACUGAUAAAUAUUAAGCAGCAUUUUUCUACUUUACACUGUAUAUAGUCCUAAAAUCUUGUAUUAACUGUUUUGUACUUUUAUGAUUGGAAACUUUAUUUUUAAGUGACGUAUGUUCUGUUGAUGUAUCAUAUUAUCAAAUACCUUUUUGUACAUCAUUUGUACAGCAACACAAAUGUACAUGCAUGAAACAGUCUUUUCAAUGUCGCCUUAACUGCUGUGAAUACUGUACAUCUUCCACAUUACCUUCAGUAAAGACUCAUAUCUGUUAAAA